UCCUGUAGGCAGCGGUGGCGCUCUUCUUGUCCUGCUGCCUGCCGCCGAUUCAUUGUGCAGAAGAAGAAGAGCUGGUGGGAAAUUUGACAGUGCGCGAAAGGUCGUUGUUCACAGUUAAGCAAUAUUUCACUCCAAAUAAAAACAUUAACCCUGAAUUUACUAAUAUUUACACGAGAUGGACCGGUACGUGUUGGCUAUAUCCUUUUGCCAAAGUGAUUCCGACGUGGCGGACUAUAACCAUCUGGAGCCAGUGAAGCGCAUAUAUGACAGGCUGGUGGACAAUUCAACUCAGGAAUCAGUGAAAGGGAUCUCUGUGUUUCCAGCUUGUUCUCUGAAUGGCAGCCCAUCAGGCCAGAGGUGGUACUUUGCUGUUCAGGCUUGCCAGGGAGUAACACAGUUUUGCAGCUUGGACUGGGAAGAGUUGGGGACAGGCCAUAAGAAAACUGACAGUGAUGAGGAGAAGCCCACUGUUGUGGAGUCAUGUCUCAGUUCUCUGAGUAAUCAGGAGGCAGCCGAUCAAACAGCUGACCAGCCAGCACUGACAGAGUUGUUAGAGGAGGCUGCAGAAGGACUGCAUCUACUGUCAGACAAGCUACCACCUCCAGGUAAAGCCCUGUUGGAUGUGCUGGUGUUGGGCUCUGCUGAGCAAUCCCCACCUAUUAAAGACCUGCUGCCUCUGCUGGGAGCCCUCAAACACAUGUCCUGCUGGCAUGCUGCUAAGAUCAUUAUAGUCACACAGCACAUGACUGGGUGGCAGAAAGUAGCAUCCUACCUGAGUGCUGGUCUGGUGGAACCUGCUGACCUGGACAGCUGUAUCAACCACAAGGAACUAUGGAGGGGUGGCCUAGUUGUCAGAGAGAGGAAGUAUGUGUCGGAGCUCCGUUUUGAUGGCUUUUCUCUGCGCUCUCCAGUGGACCACAUUUCAGCAUCCAGCCUCUUGCAAGUUCCCUACACCACUACAGACCACAAACUACAGUCUGAGGUCUUUCAUUACUACGCACCAGUUUUAGACUUGGUUCAGCUGGUUAAUCUGUCAGACCUGCCUAGUCUUCUGAUUUCCAGCACACACUUUGAACUAGGCCUGUGUGGAAAGUCAGCGAAGGCUAAACUUCUGUUGGACCAGCUGAGGUCCCUGCGUGGACAGGUUGGAGCGUUGUUCAGCUUGUCCUGUAUAAUCACCUCCAUCGCCCAGCCCGCUGCCAGCCAAUUUAGCUCCCAGUGCUGGAGGGAGUCUAUAGCCAGGAGACCAAAGUCCUUACCUGUGCCUGACGUAGAGGUUAAAGGUGAAAGCGCUCACUACUUCCUGUUGGUCCAGGGCUCAGACGAUGUUGGGUGUGGAGCCUGCAUGGUCAGGAUGUUGCACUCAGACAGUCAAAUUAACGGAGCGGCUGCCAUGGCAACCGUCUCCGGGUUGCUGAGAGAGAAGUGUUUGUCAUCAACAGGAGGAGCUGUAGAUGAUGUCCUCCGCCCUCUGCCCUGUCUCCACGGAGACAGCCUGCUGAAGAGAGAGAGGAAGGUGACCCGGGUUCAGACUCUGGUACUCAAAGAGUAUCUCAGACAGAAAGAAGAAGCAUCAGCCUCGACUCCAAUACCUGUCAAUGACUUGAAGUUCAUUCUGAGUCUGGCCAGGGAGCAGUAUCUGAAGAUUAUUGACUCCAGUCUGCCUUCUGCUGCCACCUGUCUGACAUACAAGCAGGAAACUGCCAGGAACUCAGGUUGUCAGACUAUUUCCAACCAGCCAUCUGACUGGCCUGAGAGAAGCGUCCUCAACAACAUAGAGAACCUGCAGAGGAGACGACAAAAGAGGAGAUUUGGACUUUUAGGUCCAGGCUCCAGUGACAGCCUGCUGGGUCCCAAGGACAGUCAAAAGGGCUCCUCUGCUUUACUAGACGCCAAAGAGCUUCUAAAACACUUCACAUCUGAAGGUUUGCCUACUGGGGAGCUACAGCCACUGGCUAUCAUUAGAGGUAAUAAUGUGUUUCAGUUGUCACCAGACCUCUCUCCCAGGAGAGUCAGCCAGAUGCCCUUCAGCAAGGCCUCCACCUCGCAUUACCACGGCAUAGAAUUCUGCCUGGACAAUCAGCGGUCCUUGGAUCGGGACCAGACCUUCGUGCGGCUCCAGUCCCGUCUGAUUCGGCAUGAGACCCAAACCACCUGCUCCAAAGAGCCGUGUGCUCUCCCCUUCGCCCUCAGUCCCGCCCCCUCCCCUGCUGUGAUGUCAGAACCAGGAAGUGUGCCUGACGGAGAGACUCUGCAAAACGCUGAUGUAGCUCGACUCAAGCGCAGGUCUUGGGACACGGAUAUUAUUGGAGGUUAUCCUCGCAAGAGGCUGGUGAAGUCAGAAAGCAGCGACUCCCUCUGUUCUCAGAGUAGUGGCAGCAGUGGGACACACCCUGUCAUUAGGUCUCUAAGACAACAGCCAAGCAGAUCCCAGUCCACGUCCGCCUCCAUUAGCUCUUCUUCCUCUUCAGCCACACGACGGACAUCUUCAGGUUUGGUGACUCUCCCCGCUGCUGACAAACCUAAACCUCAACAACAGAAGACACAUCAGGCACAAACAGAGGACAGACCUGCCAAAGAGUCACGCUCCCAGAAACACAACAGGCUGUUGCAGGAGGUAGUAGUUAAAACACUCAAACACCAUGGGAUCACUGCUCAGCAUGAGUGCUUUGACGCCUGCAGCAAAAGACUGUUUGAUAUCUCAAAAUUCUAUCUCAAGGAUCUUAAGACAUCUCGGGGCCUGCAUGAUGAGAUGAAGAAGGCGGCCAGCAGCAAUGUCAAACAGGUCAUUGACUGGGUGCUGGAGAAGACCUCAGAGAAGUGAAGAUGGCUUUGAAGGAUAAGAUGGGGAAAAAAUACAUUUUUGUCCAAAACUGCGCUAGGUCAACUGAAUUGUUUUUUAUGUUUUUUUAAGGUGAGGGAUGUUCCAACCCUAAAUUAAGGUGCAUUUUUGGUCACGUCAACACAUUCACAAGAGUGCUUUUUUUAAGCCUUUCCAGUUUCUUUUAAAUUGUUGCAUUAACCCUGUUUUAAAUGACUUAUUCCUUUAUAUAAUUUUAUUUACUUGUCUCACUAAUGAGAUCAUACGGCUGUAUACAUAUUCUUUCUGAUGUAUACUGAUGUUUAUUUUUUUUUUUAGCUUUUAUUUUUGUAUGUUGUUGUGCGCUCAUCCACCCUGAUCUCCUCCCACUGCUCUCGAGUCUUGAAACAGAAAAACACUGAGACAAGUUGACAUAGUGCAAUCUGCUCUGGCUGCAGUCAGUGAGAGGCUGCGAGGGCUGAGAUUUUGGCUUCAGGUUGCAGUCGUCUCGUCUUUGUAGCUGUUUUCAGAUACGAUUUUGAAUUCUUUUCCACUUGUUCAUUUUUUUUCUAAAUACAAUAAUACUUUUAUCGCUUUAUAAAUGUGCAUAUUUUAUCUUUGUGUUUCAUAUUUUA